AUGGCUGACGCUUUAGUUGAGCGAAGACCAACUGCUCGUUUCUUCUGCCAUAGGUGUAACAUUGAAUUUGAAGAUGUUUUGCAGGACUAUACUUGCCCGUACUGUGCGAGUGGUUUUAUUGAGCAACUGGAGAAUGAGGCGGAAGGACACGGGUUGUCGGGUGAUGACUUCAGUGAUGCAGAUAUGAGUAACUUGGAAGAUAUGAGUAAUAUUGACGAAAUGAGCAAUCUAGAUGAUUCAGAUGAUUUACAGCAAAGUACUCCACCAAUGUUGCACGAUUUGGCGUUUUUCAUGUCCGGCGGUCGGUUACGAGGACCAGCGCGAAGGCAAACUUUAAUGGACGAAUUAUUUUGGAUGAUCGGAGGCGUAAGACCAGGUACGGGCGCAGUCACCGCGGGAGCACCUUUCGUGUUCGUGGGAGCGCCGGGAGACUACGUGUUUGGUGGUGAAGGUCUUGAUGCAGUGGUUACACAGUUACUAGGCCAGUUGGAGAAUGCAGGCCCACCUCCAUUGCCCACGGACCAGUUGGCUUCACUGCCCAGUGAAACAGUGUCUGCUGACCAGGCCGCUGCGAACACAUCUUGCUCUGUCUGCUGGGACAACUUUUUGGAAGGUGAGUCGAUAUCCCGUUUGGAGUGCGAGCACGUGUUCCACUCGGCGUGCAUCCGUCCGUGGCUGCAGCUGCACGCCACGUGUCCCAUCUGCCGGCGCUCCCUGCUGCCCGACGCGCCCGACGCCGACGCCGCGCCGCAGCCCGAGUCGCCCACGCCAUCACUUCCUCGUGUAUUACUACGGCGAAUUCCAAGAAGGCAAGUGUCAGGGCCACAAACACAAAUGUGGGACUCACUUGCAGAUUCAAGUAGUUCUUCAGGAUCCACUUCUACAACAUCUUCAGUCACAGCUGGAGGAGUUUGGGCCCCUCAGGCCCGUUCUACAAGCAAUUCUACCGGUACCAAUUCAACAACAUCCCUCAACUCUAGUAAUGAAAGAGAGCUCAGGGAGCGACAGUACAAUAUGGAUAUAGACUACGAUUAG